AUGGAAGCAGCGUACGCGAACCGAGCGACCAAGAUCGGGAUGGUGAUCGCCCUCUACUGGGUGGUGUCGAUCUCGAUGGUCUUCCUCAACAAGUACCUCCUCUCGUCGCCCGAUCUGAGGCUCGACGCGCCGCUCUUCAUCACGUGGUUCCAGUGCCUGGUGGCCGUCGUGGCGUGCUGGGUGCUGCCCCUCUUUCGCCCGCUCCACCCGUUCUUCGAGACCUUCCCGCGCUUCGAGGUCAAGGUCGAUGUGGCCCUCAAGUGCCUUCCGCUGUCGGCCGUGUUCGUUGGCAUGAUCGCCUUCAACAACCUCUGCCUCAAGGAGAUUGGCGUGUCCUUCUACAACGUCGGCCGCUCGCUGACCACCAUCUGGAACGUGCUGCUUACGUACCUCAUGCUGGGACAGAAGACCAGCCCCAAGGCGCUUCUGUGCUGUCUGUUCCUCGUGCUCGGGUUUAUCCUGGGAGUGGAUCAGGAGGGCGAAAUCGGUGAUCUGUCUGUCAGAGGUGUCAUCUACGGUGUAUUGGCCUCGCUCUUCGUGGCCCUCAACGCCAUCUACGUCAAGAAGAUCCUGCCCAUCGUGGAUGGCGAUUCCUGGAAGUUGACCCUGUACAACAACCUGAACGCCUUCUUUCUCUUUGUGCCGCUCAUGAUCAUGGCCAGCGAGCACGAGAUGGUAUCGUACCGCCUCACCACCAUUAACAGAUUAAUCAUGAUCCAACUCACGCCGCUUGUCUCCACUCAGCUGGCCGAGUUUGAGAAGAUCACUUCCCUCUACUUCUGGGCCAUGAUGACUCUUGGUGGAUUCUUCGGCGUGGCGAUCGGCUUGGUGACGAUGCUGCAGAUCAAGUUUACGUCCCCUCUGACCCACAACAUCAGUGGCACGGCCAAGGCGUGCGCGCAGACAGUGAUCGCCGUGUGGGCCAAUUCCGAAGUCAAGAGCGGGCUGUGGUGGGUCUCCAACUUGCUGGUGCUCCUCGCGUCUGCGGCCUACACCCACGUCCGAUCGCAAGAGAUGCAGAAACCCACGUCGCCUCCUCUGGCCAACACCGCCAAGAAGACCGACAGCGACGACAACGAUGAGGACAGCGAUGUGGAUGAGCGGAACCAGCAAGACCACGUAGACGACUACACCGUGGAAGUGUUGGACGACAGCGCUGACGAGCGUGACCAGGCACCCAACAACAAACUGCGAAUCAACUAG